CCAAAAGUGAUUUUAUAACUAUUAUUUGCUAUACAAUACUAUUUAGUAUUUAUUAGUUAGGUUCUUAUACAUUAUUUAAUUAGGCACAUCAUCAAAACUAAUAACUACACUAGGCGGUAACAAUAAUUUAUUACGUAAUAUGUCUCAAAAGUUUUUAAAUAGUUUUAACAUACUUGAAGAGUAUGAAAAUGUUCAUGCUAAAUGGUGUGCUGAAUUAAUAGCAAAUGGACGACAAACACUGCAAUCAAUAUGUAAUAUUAUUGAUAAUGAUCUACUAACAAAUUUGAUGGACAGUUUUAUGAAAUUUGUUUCAUUACUUGCUCAAUGUCAUCCUAAUUCAUUAUCACAUGAAAAAGUCACAUAUAAACCAAGUGAUAUAACUUCAAAACAACAAAAUGAAAGCCAAGAUUUAUUACCAAAAAAUGAUAUUAUUAAGAUGAUGAAUAGUGAUCUCCAAUGUCCAAUUUGUAACGAAUGGCUAUUUAAAGCAACUUCUGCAAAUUGCAAUCAUACAUUUUGUGAAACAUGCAUCAAAAAAUGGUUAAAAAUAAAUAAAACAUGUCCAGUUUGCCGUACAUCUAUUCAAUAUACUUCAACUUCUAUAGCAGUAGACAAUUUUAUGACAAAUUUGUGUCACUUAUUUGGCGGUUUUACCAAGGAACGGCGAGAAUCAAUAAUGAAUGCUCAUAUAGAUGAUACGAAAAAUAAAACCAAUGCUGAUGUUGCAAUCAAUGAACUAAUUAUUGAUCCCGUUAUUGGUUUAAAUAUUAAUGAGUCAAUUGAAGAAGAUACAUUUAUUAUCCAAAACGACACUACUUUAACAAUGUUACAUCCCAAUGAGGCCCGUUUAAUACCUUGUCCUCAAACACCUAUAUCUAGAGAGAAUUCAAGACAACCAAUAGUUAGCUCAAAUAUACCUCAUCCUAACACAGUUCGAUUAUUACCUUUUCCUCAAUCAUCUGUAGCAUCUAUGGCUAGCCCACGUUCUAAUCGCCUUCAACCAACAUCCUUGACAUAUUUGACCGGCUCACAUUUCAAUCGUUUUCAGCCAACUACUUCAACAUCUGUAUUUAGUCCACGUGUUAAUCGUUUUCAACCCACUUCUCCAGUAUCUGUGGUCAGUCCGCGUAUUAAUCGUAUUCAUCCAACAACGUCAACAUCUGUUGCCAACUCAAAUAUUUAUCGCCUUAGAACUAAUGCAAAUAUUGGUUCAUCAUCAAGAUAUCAUUCAAAUAUAGGCGGUUUACCAUGCCAUCAGACAAAUCCUCCAUUAAAAACACAAAAUAUCAGAUAUUAUUAACACAAAAUAAUUAAAAAUAUUCAUAAGUAGAAACCAAAUUUACAUUAUCUUUUUAAACCAUCAUUAAUAUAUUAAAAAAAAAAAAUUAUUAAGUAUGGAUGGAUUGUAGUUUCAAAUUAUUGUGGAGAUUGAAAUUUGUAAUACAUAAUAAAUAUAAAUAUUUUUUAUUUUUA